UUUUUGCCCUUUUCUAUCAAUCUCCGCCUAUAUUCCCUUCCCAUUACUCCCAAAAAUGCAACUUUCUGGCAACACAAUUGGGGCAUAUAAAAGAAAGGUGGGACAUCGUAGUCGACUACAGAAUCGAAAGGAGGACGGACAACCCUUCCUCAUCCUACCAAAUUUAAACAAAAAACUCAAAUUCUCAAAGCGUUCGUUAGCUACUGCUUUGAUUAUGGCGAUCAAGAUUGGAGUUUUCAUCGGCGCUCUUGCUGUUCUUUUCUCGCUAGUUAAAGGUGAAACACAACCGGAUAAAGAUGUGGUCGGCUGUGUCCAAGCUCUUAUAACAAUUCUUCAUAAACCACCACCUCCUCCACCAACCUCAGGUGGUAAACCUCCUCUUCCUCCAAAAGAUGGGCAACCUUCUCCACCUCCAAAUGGUCAACAUCCACCACCUCCGAAUGGUCAACAACCACCACCUCCACCACUUCCACAAGAAUGCAUUAAAUGCGGUGAAAAAUGUGGAAUUAAACCUCCAACUGAUGCUAGCAAAACUAACCCACCCAAAUGA